CUCUCUCUCUCUCUCUCUCUCUUUCUCUCUCUCUCUGCUUCUCUUCGGCAAAUGAGCAAUGGGAACCAAUGCCAACACCAUAACCUUGAACCUCAACCUUAACCUUAGCCUCAAACUCAGUCCAACUCGACCCAAAACCAAAAUCCUCUGCAAGAACAACUCCGCCUUCGAAGAAAACAAGCAAGUGAGCGUGGACUAUGACGAGGGCAAGCACGAAGUCUCCACGCGCCUCACCGGCCUCAGGAAAGCCGAUAUUCAGAGACGCUACCGCCUCCGAGUCGAGGCCGACCGCUUCCAGAGGGACUGGACUUUGUCGGAAGUGGUCCAUGAAAUCCUCAGCCUCCGCCCUCAUGACGACAUUGAGGGCGUGUUGAAUCGCUGGAUUGGCCGCUUUGCCAGAAAGAAUUUUCCGCUUCUUAUCAGGGAGAUAACACAGAGGGGUUCCAUUGAACGUAGCAUUCAAGUUUUUCAGUGGAUGAAAAAUCAAAAGAACUAUUGUCCUCGGAAUGAUAUUUAUAAUAUGAUGAUCAGAUUACAUGCUAGGCAUAAUCGGACAGAUCAAGCACGUGGUUUGUUUUUUGAGAUGCAAGAGUGGAGGUGCAAGCCUGAUGCUGAGACUUACAAUGCUCUUAUCAAUGCACAUGGUCGAGCAGGUCAAUCGCGUUGGGCCAUGAAUAUUAUGGAAGACAUGCUACGUGCUUCUAUCCCUCCCAGUCGGUCAACAUAUAACAAUCUGAUCAAUGCUUGUGGAUCUAGUGGAAAUUGGAGAGAAGCUUUGAAAGUUUGCAAGAAAAUGACAGAUAAUGGAGUUGGGCCUGAUCUUGUUACUCACAAUAUCGUUUUGUCUGCAUACAAAAAUGGGGCUCAGUAUUCAAAAGCUUUGUCCUAUUUUGAGCUAAUGAAGGGGACAAACAUUCGUCCUGACACAACCACCCAUAAUAUUGUGAUACAUUGCCUAGUAAAGCUUGGCCAAUAUGCGAAAGCCAUUGAAAUGUUUAAUUCUAUGAGGGAGAAGAGAGCAGGAUGUCACCCUGACAUUGUAACAUUCACUAGCAUCAUUCAUUUGUAUUCUGUAUGUGGCCAAAUUGAAAAUUGUAAGGCUGUGUUCAAUACAAUGCUUGCAGAAGGCCUAAAACCUAACAUUGUUUCUUACAAUGCACUAAUAGGUGCAUAUGCUUCUCAUGGGAUGAGUAAAGAGGCAUUGUCUGUUUUCAAUAAGAUCAAGCAAAGUGGUUUCUGCCCAGAUGUUGUAUCUUAUACAUCUUUACUCAAUGCUUAUGGAAGAUCACAACAACCUAAAAAGGCCUGGGAAGUAUUUGACAAGAUGAAGAGAAACAACCGGAAGCCAAAUCUCGUCAGCUACAAUGCAUUGAUUGAUGCCUAUGGAUCUAAUGGUUUGUUAGCUGAAGCUGUUGAAGUCUUGCAUGAGAUGGAGCAAGAUGGGAUCCAGCCAAAUAUUGUCUCAAUAUGCACACUCUUGGCUGCCUGUGGACGAUGUGGCCAAAAGGUGAAGAUUGAUGCUGUGCUUUUAGCAGCUGAGCAGCGAGGCAUUCAGUUGAACACAGUUGCAUAUAACUCGGCUAUUGGAAGCUAUAUGAAUGUAGGGGAAUAUGAGAAAGCUAUAACCUUAUAUAGAUCUAUGAGGAAAAAGAAAUUUACACCAGAUUGUGUUACUUACACUGUGUUGAUAAGUAGUUGUUGUAAGAUGUCAAAAUAUACUGAGGCGCUUGGUUUCCUUGAUGAAAUGAUGAAAUUAAAAAUUCCUUUGUCCAAAGAGGUCUACUCAUCUGUGAUUUGUGCCUACAGCAAACAGGGUCAACUCGAAGAAGCAGAAUCUAUGUUCAACUCGAUGAAGAUGGCUGAUUGUUAUCCUGAUGUAGUUACAUAUACUGCAAUGCUACAUGCAUAUAAUGCUGCUGAGAAUUGGGAAAAAGCUUGUGUGCUAUUUGAAGAAAUGGAAGCAAAUAAUAUCCUACCUGAUACUAUUGCUUGUUCAGCUUUGAUGAGAGCUUUUAAUAAAGGAGGCCAACCAUCCAAGGUUCUAAUUUUGGCAGAAAUUAUGAGGGAAAAAGAAAUCCCUUUUGGGAAUUCCAUUUUCUUUGAAAUGGUAUCAGCUUGUAGCAUAUUACGAGAUUGGAGGACAGCAGUGGACCUGAUUAAGCUUAUGGAGCCCUCGUACACUGUACUUUCAGCUGGACUUUUGAAUCAGCUUCUGCAUUUUCUCGGAAAAAGUGGGAAGACUGAGACCAUGAUGAAGUUGUUUUACAAGAUAGUGGCCACUGGUGCUGAUAUCAAUUUUAAUACUUAUUCUAUUUUGUUGAAGAAUCUUUUGUCUGCUGGAAAUUGGAGGAAAUAUAUUGAGGUAUUGCAGUGGAUGGAGGAUGCAGGAAUUCAACCAUCGAAUGAAAUGUACAAUGAUAUUCUUUUCUUUGCUCAAAGAAGUGGUGGUGCUGAAUAUGCUGUUGUCAUUCAAGAAAGAGUUGAUUCCUUGAAAAGAAAAGUUGGGGAUCAAAUAUCUGUGAGCAAAUAGCGAUCCUUCUCGUCCAACCUUACCAUGGACAAAUGGAGCAAAAGCAUAUAAAGCCCAAUCCGCAAGAGUCACCAUCAACUUGACAUUUAAGUUGUCUCUUUGUGGAGGGGGUGACCAGGGAUCACCUGAGCAGUAGGUUGUUUGCUCUGGGGCAGUUAUGAGCCGGACUUUGGCGUUGAGCAGGUUACACAAGAUCAAGCUAUGUUCAUUAUAUUUAAGAGAGUUCCAGCAGCUACUGGAUAUCAACCUUGCUAUUGACAUCUCGAAUAUAUAAGAAAGUCAACCUUCUUGGAAGGCUUUUGUAUGUGGCUGCAGAGAUAGAAAACUUAAAGCAAAGGGUCUCUUUCGCAAAUCAAUACAUCCAAGGAAGUGAUUUGUGUUUUGUCACUAUUUUAUGUGUAGAGAGGACUGCUGGGGUAUCACCUGAGGCCAAUAUUCAUGAUAUGGAGAAAAUUUCUUUGUUGUAUCCAUUCUCUUUCUUCAAUGUAAUUUAUUCAUUGUUAAUAGGAAAAUUUUAAUUCUAUUUUAUUCAAAAUAUGAAGCAGGUUUGAUUA